AUGACGCCUGAGAUAGGCACAGGCUCCCCGUGACCCGAGGUAGUAACACUAAUACUAAUAUAUAAUAAUACUAUUAUAACAUUUAAACUACUGAAGGGUGAGGUGAAUAACAUUGAUUAACUUGCAGUCAAGUCAUGGAACAUUUCAGGCUGAGAGUUAGUAUAGUACAAAUUGCUGAAAAAGUUCAUGCUGGCUAGGAUAGAAAAAUGCCAGUACACAGAGUGCAUCACAGUUUGCUGCGUAUGGAACUUAAUCAAUGAUCAUGUAUUGGGGUUAACAUCAUUUUAUCUUUUCCUGUGUAUGGAGUUGUGUAGCUGCAGUCUGUGUGCCAAUGCUGACCCCUGUUCACCACCAAAAGCAUCUACUGUACAAUGGACAUGUACUGUAAGCAUCAGAACUGGACCAUGGAGCAAUGGAAGAAGCAGUCUUCCUAAAUUGUGUGCCACUCAGCUUUACACAUUAUCAAUCACCUGUAUCUGAAUUUAAUGUUUAAAGUCUAAUUAAUCAUGAGUAAUUUUAACAAAUAUAUUUUGCUGUAUCCUACCAUUUCUAUCACUUAAUAAGGUCUCAAGGUAAAUACCAUCCUAACAUUGCAAGGAUUUUCUAGGACUGCAGUAGCAUGUGCUUUCAUAGUCACAUCAUACUACAUCAGAGACAUGAAGACAAGGUUUGGUUCAAGCAUCGUCCCUAUAUUCCACAAGAUCAGCGCAUGUGUAGUCGUCCGUGAAACCCAUUACUCUUAUUCAGCAAUCUCCAACCGUUAAACCCGUGUAAAAGAGCCGUACACGACACGAAUCCGGGAUGGAGAUGAUGUCUAAAGCGGAGCGGCUGCACGAGCGCGUGAACGAGCUGCUGACGGCUGCGGUGCAGCGCGUGCUGGAGGCGGUGCGGGACACGGUGCGGGACACGGUGCAGGAAUACGAGGAGAAAAGCGCGCACACGCAGAGGGAGAACGAGAGACUGCGGAGGAGAGUGCAGGAGCUGCAGGACCAGCUGGACAGGGAUACAGCAGUUUCCCACAUCACCGCCCAGCUCACUGUUUCUCCUCCCCCCACGUCAUCUGGACAGAAGAAACCUUUGUGCAGUCGUCACUCAGACCCGAUAGCACCGAAAGACAAGGAGUGUUUCAAAGAGGAACCACCGAACGAUGGGCAAAACACUCUGUUUCCAGCCGAAAUAAAAACCGAAAUAGAUCAGUCAGAUUAUCCGGGCGCAGAAGACCCCGUUCUGGAACCUGUUGUACAAAGCACCUAUUUCCCCUGCGCACAUUUGCAGUUCCAUGCUUCUCAGAACGAGUCCGACUUCGCCACAGCGCCUCCCUGCAACAAUGCAGACACUCUGGACACCUUUGUGGAGCAUUUCCCUUUCGAGGAAGAGGGCUGGAGACAGCAGAGCCGGGAGGAGCGCCACAUCUGUCUUCUGUGUGGGAAAAACUUUAAUCGACUUGCCAAUCUCCGCAUCCACCAGCGCUGCCACACCGGGGAAAAGCCGUACACGUGUUCGCACUGCGGCCGACGCUUCAGCCACAGUGGAAACCUGCAGAAACACAAGCGUGUGCACACGGGCGAACGGCCGUACCAGUGCCCCCAGUGCAGCAAGAGCUUCUGCCAAUCCAGCCAUCUGAAGAAGCAUCAGAUGGUCCACACGGGUCGACAUGUCACCGUCACCAGACGGAACAUGGAACUGAGCAGUAACGUGUCCAAACUGGAGCGACUGAACAGCCGCGUGGUGAAGCUGCUGACGGCUGCGGUGCAGGAGGUGCUGGAGGCUGUGAAAGAGACUGUAUUCGAGUAUCAGGAGAAAACGGCUCGGACUCAGAGGGAGAAUGAGAAACUACGUCUGAAAUUACAGGAUGCCCUGAAGAAACUGGAGAAAGAGAGAGAAGUAUCGAGACUUGCGUCCAUCUCAUUGUCCAUCAACCAUCCUUCCAGUGAAGCGCAGCAGAUACCUGAAGCUCACCAUGUUUCUUGUUUUAAAGAGGAUUCCAAUGUAAAAGCAGACGUAGAACCAGAAGCGGUGUGUGAUCUGCAAGUUGCAUUUACGCUACCUGAUACAAGUACACCAAGAACUGAGCAAGCCAACACCUCAGAUUUAGACCGGACCAUUAAUGGAACGGAACAUAGCACGUGCGUUUCUGGUGCCUCAUCAUGCAUAGACAUUAAAACCGAACCUGUUGUGUCUGAAUGUUCGCAACAACAACAGCAGAUCCCUCAAGUUGAGGUCAGCAUGCUUGGGGAUCUGAGAGACCAAACAACCAGGCAGGACAACAUCAGCUCCAGCCUGUACAUCCAAUCGAACCUCAGCACUCUUGGAAGGUGCUUAGGGAACAGUUGGAGUACAAUAUCUUCCAUUCAAGGACUAGAAAGACAGCAUCACAGUCCACGAGAUGAGGAGCACCACAUGUGUCAGGUUUGUGGAAAGACCUUCAGCCGUGUUGGUAACCUUCGGAUCCAUCAGAGGUGUCACACUGGGGAGAAACCCUACUGCUGCAUGGUAUGCGGCCGCUGCUUCAGCCAAGCAGGAGAUCUGAAGAAGCACAAAAGGGUCCACACCGGAGAGAAGCCCUACUGCUGUGUCCAGUGUGGCAAGAGCUUCAGCAGAGGCGAGAACCUCAAACGGCACCAGAAGAUCCACAUAGGAGACAGAUUACGCCGCCAGAAUUUGUGGAAAGAUAAUCACGGACUGGCAGUUUGACAUGGAGAGCAUUUGGGAAUCAGUGGAGGAGAGUAAGCUAAUCUGGUACACUACAAGCCCUGGUCAAAAUGUCAUGAAGCAAGCAAUGUUUUUUGGAAAUAAUUUCAGUGAUUGAUUACUUGUUAUGGUAUAAGUGGAUUCAAACACAUUCUGUUAUAGAAAAACAACUUCUAUUAUUUCAUCACACCUCCCCAUUCUUGAACAUUUUUCUCCUGAGAUGCAAUUUCGUGGGAAAAAUUGGACCUCAUUUCCAUCUAGGGACGGAGCCUAAUUUUUCCAGACAGGAAAAAUAUCAGUAGUGACUUUACUGUAUGACAAUAUCCCAUUUUUACUAAGACAUCUAUUGAAAGUAUGAUUAUUAGUAAUGGCAAUGUUAAACAUUAAAAUCUGCACAUUUAUCAUGUUAUAAAGCCACAGGUGGACAUCGUGGACAUACAUUCUCACUGAUGUUAAGCAGAAAUGCUUGUGUGAUUUAUUUUUGUUUUUGCUGGGGACUGGAGAAUAAAAGAUUAUAUGAAGACA